AUGUCCAGUGCUCCCACACCUCUCUUCUCAUCCUCUGCGCUCUCACGACUGCGUGUUGUGCAGCGGAGUUUUCUCACUCGCCGCGGUGGGCGCCACGUGGCCCGCACGGCCGUUGCGGUCGAGUACCGCCCGUCGCUGCAGCGGCGGAUCAGCGGCGGGGACGGCGGCAAUUACGAGCGGGUGAUCGACGCGGAGGUCCUCCACGGCGACGAACAGGUCUUCUGGGGGGAGCGGCGGGGAUUCUACCGCAGGCCGGUGCAGUACUUUCCAACGUGGGAUAGACUCGCCCAGGCACUUAUUCUCAUCACACGACAAGUCCCACGUGUACCGCAGGAAAUGGCAUUUCGGCUUAUGGCGGUGUUUUUGAAGUUAAUGCUAUUACCGCAAUUAGUGAUGAGUGCUGAUUUGAUGCUGCCUUCGUGGGUGGCAACGAAUGCGGAGGGUGUGUUAGCGGCAGCACGCAAAGAUGAUAGCAAAAAUGAUACUACUACUACUACUACUACUAAGAAUGAUAAUAGUAAUAGUAAUAAUAACAAUAAUAGUAGUGAUAAGAAACAGCAAUAA